GUGAGCCCAUUCAGUGGAAGCUUUUUCAAUUCCGUCUAGGACCAUUUGGACUAUUUGAGCGUUCAUAGAUAUUUAAAACUACUAGUAUCAGUUCUGUUUAUAUGACGCGGGAUAAUUAAGUCUGAAGGUCGAUUUCGUCAUAAUCACACGAGUGUUCGGUGUUGCUACACCGUUAUGGAGCCUACAUGUGCAUCUACAAACGAAGGGCACCUGUUAAGUACCUAUCGUCAUUUUUUCGAGCUCCUCGUUCUCGUCUGUAUGUCUAUAUUUGGUGCAAAGUACGUGCUGAAGCUUUUCAAAAAGUAUAAAGGAGAGUUUCUUCGUGCUGGGUUCGCUGGUGUCGACAUGAACAAACCGUCUAAACCAACAAUACCUGAAGCCCAGGGUGUAAUAUGUGGUGUUGUUUUUCUAUCCAUCAUGUUUCUGUUCAUUCCUGUUCCCUUUUGGAGAUACCUCGUUGGCAAAGCUGAUGUGCAAUCACUAGAAGUGUGCCCGACAAACAAAAUCAGCGGGGAACAGGAAAUUAUCUUUAAAAGCCAGUUCAUUCAAUUUCUUGCUGGUUUAUUGUCCAUAUGCUGCAUGCUUUUCUUGGGAUUCGCCGACGACGCCCUCAACCUACCUUGGAGACAUAAAAUUGGUUUUCCAUUUGUUGCAGGCUUACCCUUACUGAUGGUUUAUCUAGCCAAUGAGGGGACCACAAGCAUAGCUGUCCCAGUUAUGCUGAGAAAUGCUUUCGGUAGUAGCGUAGAUAUUGGUAUUUUAUAUUACAUAUAUAUGGGUUUGCUGACUGUGUUCUGUACUAAUUCUAUAAACAUCUAUGCGGGAGUAAAUGGUCUUGAAGUUGGUCAGGCAAUUGUGAUUGGUGCUUCUCUAAUUUUAUUCAAUCUGAUCGAACUUUCUAGUUAUCACUGGCGUGUUCAUCUUUUUUCACUCUACUUUCUGAUCCCAUUUUUGUUUGUGUGUUGGUCUCUUUAUCGUGUAAACCGAUAUCCGGCGAAGGUUUUCGUGGGCGAUACAUUCUGUUAUUUUGCAGGCAUGACUUUCUCUGUAGUCGGUAUUUUGGGUCAUUUCAGCAAAACAUUGUUACUAUUCUUUCUACCGCAAAUUGUCAACUUUUUGUAUAGCACUCCUCAGCUGUUUGGUUUGAUUCCCUGCCCACGCCAUCGAUUGCCUCGAUACGAUCCAGCAGAUGGUCUAUUACAUCCCAGUCGUGUUCGUUUUCAUCCAAAGUCUUUAUCACGUCUUGGUCAAUUUGUUUUGACUGUGUUUUCGUACGUGGGCAUAAUUGAAUGCAAACUUUGCCCAGAUUGUAUUCCGAAUAUUUCCACAUCACCCACGACGGGAAUGAUCGUUUCACAACAAUCUCAUGAAAAUAUGUCUUCUGAUGAAGAACAAACAUCGGAAAGACGAAGAGCUAGGAGUAGAAGCCCAGUUCAAACCAAGUUACCUACUGAAGAGAUUGUUGAAGUAGACAACCUUACUGUCAUAAAUAUGAUGCUACGUGUUUUGGGACCCAGAAAUGAACAACAAACCACCAAUACUCUUUUGCUACUCCAAGUAAGUUUCCCAUUAAAUUUGUACCUUAAGAGAGCUAAAACGUCAUUUUGCCCCAAAUUACUGAAUAGCCGACAGGUUAGAAUUGAUAUGUUAGAUCACCUAUUAACAUCCACAUCAAAUUUAUUCCAUACUAUUAGUUCGUUUUCUUCGGUGAGGGCGUUCUUCUGUGGAGCUUUAGUAGCAAGGUUUACACUAUAACCUCAUUUCAAACUGUUUAAUCAUUUGUUGGUACGAUAGGGUAGUUUAUAACUGUAUUAUUUAUUUAUUUUAACACAUAGAUAUUGGUACAAGGAGGCACCAAAUACAUAUGCGACACACAAAUCUCAUUUGAUAUGUGUGAAGGCUGUGAUACUACCCGGGUGCCCAAACCGAAACAGGUGGUUUUCUUAGGAGUCCACACCCGGAGCCUUCGACCUGAAGGUCUGAUCCACAAGGCACUGGAGCAUCGUAAGGAGAUACAGCCCCACGGUAGCCGGUGACCAACGAUUGGUUCAUACGCCAUUUGUUCUUUCAGGAUACUGGAGCCCAUGUGCACCAUUGGUUCGGAAUCAGGGAUUUCCAACUCUCCUAGGUGGACUCUCCAUGUCCACCAACCCGGUUAAAGUGCCGGACAUUCGCUUUCCGUCCUCUCAAUUUCGUAAACAACAUCCGCGCAACGAGAAGGUAGUGAGUAGGACUUCCCUGGUAGAGGCUAUAUACGCGUGGCCAUGUGAGAGCAUUUGGAGAGGGAGAAUGGACUCUCCUCACUCUCGACCGUACCAGGGCAUUCGCUAGUCUGACCAUUUCACUUGGUUGACCUGACCCCUUUGGUUCGUUUUUAAGCGUAAAUAGUCCCAAGAAUAACUCCUGAAAGUUGAUUACUUUUCAAAAAACAACAGGUAGAUAUCGGUUUUUUUAUAAUAUUUCAUACUGAUAGCUUUCCUGUACAAAACUGUCUACACUGGAAUGGGUGCUGAUGAACCCUCACAAAAGGUUUCUAGUAUUGUCAGUCAUUCACGAAUAGCAGUUAAACAUCUAGUUUGAUAUCAACAUGCUUUCUAAUGUUUAGGACAAAGAGCUUUCGAGUAAUAUGGUCAAAAAUUGGUACGCGAUCCAGUAUCUUCAUAUCCAAACAUUAUUACUAUUCCUAGAUAUUCCUUCUCUCUGUUUAUAACUUUUAAAACCAUGAUAAUCCCUAAAGAAAGGAGGGUAGAGUAACUUCCGAGUAAUAGUGUUCAGCCUUAAAAUGGAAAUAAUUUAUUAGAACCCCCACCAAAAUUUCAUAAUUCCUCUAAAGUGUGAAUGAGUUUCACGCACUAGAGACUGUCAGGUUUUAUUUUUUCUGCAUGCUUUACAACUUAUGUAUAAGCUGGUGUCUUUUUAGUAAACAGUUCUAUUCUGUUUCAUAAGCUUGCAUGGGCAUCUGAACUAAUGAUAGGGAGUGAAGUAGUUGAGCGUGUCGACCGAUUCACUUAUCUUGAAAUUCUCAUCAGUCCUUGUGGUCUGGUGUAUGACGAAAUCUCAGCACGGAUACAGAAAGCUCGACUAGCUUUUGCCAACUUGCGUCAUUUAUAGCAUAGGCGAGAUAUCCGUUUGCUAACCAAAGGACGGGUUUAUUUCUCAGCUGUUCGUUCCAUCCUGCUUCAUGGCUGAGAAACAUGGCCAGUAAGAGUAGAGGAUAUUCGUGGGCUACUAGUAUUCGAUCAUAGGUGUCUUAGUAACAUUCCUCGUAUAUCCUGGGACCACCGGAUAAGUAACGCAGUUGUUAGGACACAGGUACUAGGUAAGGAUGGCAAAUCUGUGGAUAAAGUAGUGAAACUUCAUCAGUUGAGAUGGCUGGGACACGUAUUACGUAUGCCCGAUCACCGACCGCCUCGACGUGCGAUGUUCAAUGGUAUAGGAGUAGAUUGGAAGAAAGCUAGGGGUGGCCAGACCAAAACAUGGCACAAGUCCAUGAAGUCACUGACAAGUGGACUAAGACAUGUUGUUAGGUGUAGACUACCUUGUUGGGAUCCACGAGACAACACCAACCGAUGGUUAGAGACCCUGAAUGACAUGGCUCAAAAUUGUUUGCAGUGGCGCAGGUGCAUCCACUCUUUGUGCUCUUCCAAAUUCUAAUCUCAAUUCCCCAUGUCAUUUUUCCUCUUUCUAAAUUUAUUUCACUGUAUUAUACUCCUUGAAUAACAUCUUUGAACCCUAAUAUAUCUGAUUACUGCUUAUACUUUUACUACCUCUACCAAUAUGGGAUUUGAAUCGACAAAUGCAUCUGUGUGCUAAUGUGGUAUGGCAACUCGAACUAAUGUACGUGCGUACGAAGUUCUACGUUGUUGUUGAUCGUUUCAUAAGAUUAAGAAACAAGAAAUUCUGUUUGUCUGUUAUUGAUAACAUACUAAUGUAACUUUUGAUUUGAGCUACACUUAUUGUAUGCGAACAAAACCUUGUUCAUGACUCGAAAUAAAACUAGUUAAAGAUAUACUUAAUUAACAAAGUUUGUAAGUGGAUAUCUUUUCGAUUUCUUAUUGUGUCACACAUAAAUCUAUACAAAAUGCACAUUUGUUGCACUUUGGAUAGAAAUGUUUUUUAAAAAUUCAUAAUAAUGCACCCAUCAUUCCAUAAAUUUCCUUUUGUUACAUAACAAAUAUAUGUGAUCUUCAUAGUUAAAAUUGCAAAUUGAUCUUAGCUAGACUAUCUCCAAAAACUGGAAGCAUUAGACGACCGUUUCAUUCUACUAUGGGACUGUUUAGCGUUGUGUAUCCACGAUCCCUCAUUUCUUGUGUUAGCCAGUUAUCCACCACAGGCGAUGUAUGAAGGUUGUGCAAUAUUGUAAAUUGAUUGAUAUUCACCACUGGAUACUGGCUUAGUGAUGUAAAGGUUAAGGGUUUGCGGUGUCCAUCUUGUUGUGCUAAUGAAGUAUGGCAACUUGGCCCGAUGCACAUAUGUGCCUGAUCCUACGUUGUAACUGACUAACUUAACUAGCAUUAUUAUUUAAUUGUUUCUGGUUUUCUGUAUAAAUUAUCCAAUUUAUCUCAGUUCCUUCCAAAAUCACUUCAAGGAAAAUAAUCAAUUCAUAUUCUCUCUUUUUUUUAUCAGAUACUCUGUUCUUGUUUCGCAUUUAUGAUUCGUUAUCCCCUUGCAUGGUUGUUUUAUGAUGUACCAGCUAAGUAAUCACAUUGAAUAUUGUGUUCAUAACAUUGUAUGAAUUAUUUUGUGCAAUGUUUUAGUUGUAUCUAAACAUAAUAAUAAUUAUUACUAUUACUAUUAUGAUCAUUAUCAUUGUUAUUGUCAUUAGUAGAGUGAAGCAUAUAUAUAUUUAUUAUUUACACGACUGACUAUUGUAUAUCAGUCAUUCUGAAAUAUAUAUCCUUUCAUUUUGUGUACAUUUAAUUGUUCAUGUUGUUUUCAUUAUGAUUAUUUUGAAGAUGUAUUUCGUUAUGUAAUUCACGUUUUGUAAAAUGGCAUUUAAACAACAACAACAACAACAAUAAAAAACUGGUUCUAUUCAUAUGAUCAUUAUUUUGUUUACAUCAUCUAUUCUAUGCAUAUUUAUAUAGAUAUAUAUGUGUUUGUUUGAAUACACUACAACAGCAACAACAUACAUUCAAUCUAUUUUCUUUAUGUGUUUUUCAAAUGUACAAAUCAGUUAUGAAAUAUUUUCAUCGUUAUUAUCUAUGAUGAAAAAUGAAUAUUUGUUCAUUACUUUAGUCGUAUCCAUGGAUUUUACUCAUAAUUUGUAUUGUCAUUAAAAUAUAAACUUAAUAAACUAUAUGUUUAGAC